AUGGGUCUUCUAGCGUUGGGUACCGCACUCGAAUGGUCAGAGGCCAAAAAGAAAGCUGGCCAGGUGCGCCAGUGGGGAAUUGAGCAACUUCUAGCGAACUGGCGGCGGGCAAAGGGCAAAGAGCGCGAUGCUCUCCUUUGGGGCGACGAGGUCGAGUACCUCGUUGUAGCCCUCGACGACGCAGCCAAGAAGGCCCGGUUGUCUCUCGCCCAGGCCGAGAUUCUCAAAUCCCUCGCACAAGAUGAGGCACUAUGGAAGGCAGGCUCCUGCAGUAACGGUGGGAAUGGAGACCACGACGGCGAGGAACCCCCGCACUUCCAUCCCGAGUUCGGCCGUUUCAUGCUCGAAGCCACACCAGGACAGCCCUGGGGUAUUGGGUUUAAAGAUCUGCUGAAGGUGGAAUCCAACAUGAAGUGGAGACGAGAAGUUGCAAAGGCACACAUGGCACCGAACGAGUCCCCUAUCACUUUAACCACCUUCCCUCGACUGGGAACAAAGGACGACUAUAUCCAGCCAUAUUACCCCCCGUCUGGGCCCGCACUGCGCUCACAAUUUGUGCCCGACGAAAUUGCCAAUCCACAUAUCCGUUUCCCGACAUUGGCGGCCAACAUUCGCUCUCGAAGAGGGCGCAAGGUUGAACUGAAUGUGCCGGUCUUUAAGGAUCGAAAUACCCCUUCUCCAUUCAAAGAUCCCACUGUCAACUACGACCUUCAUCAGUGGCCCGAGGAUGCCGAUGUUCGCAACGGUGCCGCCAAAGACGACCACGUCUAUAUGGACGCCAUGGCCUUUGGCAUGGGCAGCUGUUGCUUGCAAAUUACCUUCCAGGCCAAGAAUAUGACUGAAGGCCGGAAGCUUUAUGAUCAAUUAAGCCCCCUUGGACCAAUUCUACUCGCUCUUACUGCUGCAACACCUAUCUAUAAGGGAUUUCUUGUCGAUACGGAUGUGCGCUGGAAUCAGAUUAGUGGAGCAGUGGACGACAGAACUCCUGAAGAACUUGGUGAAGCUCCCCUCAAAAACGAUCGGUGGAGGAUUCCCAAGUCUCGAUACGCUUCAAACUCUACUUAUAUUUCCCAAGAUCCUCGAUUGCGCAAGGAAUAUCUGGACCCUGAUCUAGUGAUUGACGAAAACAUUAAGAAACGGCUAAUUGAGGGAGGCAUGGAUGAUUUGCUUGCUACCCACUUCGCACACCUCUUCAUCCGUGACCCGCUAGUCAUCUUCUCUGAGGACCUGGAAGAACUCGACUUGAACAAGGGAGAUCAUUUCGAGAACCUCCAGUCCACGAAUUGGCAACACAUGCGAUUCAAGCCCCCGCCAUCAGACAAGGACGAUAUUGGCUGGCGUGUUGAGUUCCGGUCUAUGGAGAUCCAAAUGACCGACUUUGAGAAUGCUGCUUUCUGUAUCUUCAUCGUUCUCGUCACGCGCGCUAUUCUUAGCUUCGAUCUCAAUUUCUAUAUACCCAUCCAGCGCACUACCGAGAACAUGGAAACGGCUCAUGCCCGCAACGCCGUGCUGGAUCAGAAGUUCUACUUCCGCAAGGAUCCCUUUGUGCGCCGAGCACCCAGGCAUGCCGCGCAGCAUUCGUCCAACAACAGCGCCUUUUCUUCUACUACCUCAUCUGCAGUCAAUACUCCCCCACCAUCUCCACCCCUUGGCCCCGUUGAAACAGAGUACGAGCUGAUGACCAUCGCUGAGAUUAUCAACGGUUGCUCUGACGGAUUUCCCGGUCUGAUCCCCCUCGUGGAGUCGUAUCUCAACAGCGUCAACGUGGACGUCGAGACACGAUGCUUUCUUGCCAGCUACCUCGAUCUGAUCCGGAAACGCGCCGACGGCACGCUGUGGACUGGUGCAAAGUGGAUCCGCGAGUUUGUCGCCAAGCAUCCGAGCUACCAGCAUGACAGCGUCGUUUCUGAAGAGAUCACUUAUGACCUCAUCAAGGCGGUCGAGGAGGUGACUGCCCAGGAAGGGAAGAAUGGCAGCGUUGGCUGGGAGUUCCUCCGGGGCAAAAAGAAUUAG